AUGUCAGCAGGAAACCACACGGCUGUUGUGGAGUUCAUUCUGCAGGGCUUCUCAGAAGACCCACAGGUCCAGGGCCUGCUCUCCAUCCUUUUUCUUCUCCUCUACCUGGCAGGUCUCGCAGGAAAUGGCCUCAUCAUCACACUCAUCACUCUGAGCCCAAGUCUGCACACCCCCAUGUACUUCUUCCUUGUUAACCUGUCCAUUUUGGACAUAGUCUGCUCAAGCACUGUUCUCCCCAAGCUUAUAGAGUGCUUGGUAGUGCAAGGGGAUACCAUCUCUUAUCACGGCUGCCUAACACAACUCUUUUUCCUAACCUGGUUCCUUGGUGCUGAGUUGGUGUUGCUCACAGCUAUGGCAUUUGACCGCUAUGUGGCCAUCUGCCAGCCACUGCGGUAUGGCACCAUCAUGAGUUGGACACUGUGUACACUACUAGCCACAGCUGUGUGGACAAUCGGUGUAGUCAACACAACAGUGCAAACUAGUCUCAUUGCACGGCUGACCUUCUGUGACUCCAACCAUCUCCAUCAUUUUUUGUGUGAAGUCCCCUCACUGUUACUGCUGUCUUGUAGCCCCACAAUCAUAAACAAUAUCAUGAUUAUCAUUGCUGAUGUCUACUUCGGUGUGUUCAACUUCUUUGUCACUAUGGUUUCCUAUGGUUACAUCGUGGCCAGCAUCCUCCGCAUCCGCUCAGCUUCAGGCAAGCGCCGAGCCUUCAAUACCUGCUCCUCUCACCUCCUGGUGGUCACCUUGUACUAUUCCACUCUCAUCUACACCUACUUCCUCCCGGGCUCUGGUGCCUCAAUGGAGUAUGACAAGGUGGUGGCUGCAUUGUACACAGCUGUCAGUCCUGCUCUGAACCCACUCAUCUACACACUGAGAAACAAAGAUGUGAAAGCAGCAAUCCAGAAGGUGGCCCCUGCCUCCUGGUGGAGAAAGAGAGUGGCCACAUGA